AUGUGGUCUGCACUUACAUCCCUCCUGAUAACCUCAACUUUGGCCUUGCGAGCGCUCGCGGAGACUUGGUCAAUAGAUGCCACCUAUAUUGGUCAAGAUUUUCUUAAUGCUUGGAGCUUUGAAAACAUCACGGACCCUACCGGUGGAAGAGUAACCUACGUAGACCAGGCAACAGCGCUAGCGGACAACUUGACCUACGUUACGGACGACACGCUCAUCAUGCGCUGUGACUAUACGACAGUUCUGACAUCCGAUGAUCCAGGACGGAACAGUGUCCGUAUCAAGAGCAAUGCACAGUACAACUACCAUGUUACUGUGCACAUGCCACAGGGCUGCGCCACCUGGCCAGCUGCGUGGGAAACCAAUGACAGCGAUUGGCCAACAGCGGGCGAGGUCGACGUCGUGAGUGCGCGCGUUCUGCAUGGAACGCCUUAUGCGACUAAUAAGUACACCUUAUCUAACCUCCUGGACGACGCGAUGCUGAUCGAGGGUGUCAACUCCGUGACCCCAAACACAAUUUCGCUGCAUGUUGGUAGCACAUGUGCGAUGCCAGAUAGUCUCAAUGAGACGGGCACUCCAGGGUCGACUGACUGCGAUACGUACACUGACAACAACAGUGGUUGCAGUGUGCAAAACCCUACAGACAAUAGCUUCGGCCCCGACUUCAACGAAGCAGGAGGAGGAUGGUAUGCGAUGGAGAGGACAGCUGACUGGGUGAAUGUGUGGUUCUGGACGAGAGAUGCCACCGAUGUACCUUCAGACGUUUCUAGCGGCGCUGAUUCGAUCGAUACGAGCAACUGGGGAACCCCCAUCGCGUACUUUCCUAACACCGAUUGCGAUAUCGACUCAGUCUUCGCAGCCAACAAUAUCAUCUUCGAUCUAACUCUUUGUGGCGAUUGGGCCGGUGUAGCCUCAAUUUAUGAAGCUGCUGGCUGCUCGGGUACCUGCGACGAUUUCGUGAAUGAAAAUCCAAGCGCUUUCUCCGAAGCGUACUGGGAUGUGGCUUCUGUUCUGGUCUAUACGUGA